AUGGCUCUUUCCCUCCAAGGACUGGGGGGGCAGGAGGGCAAGUCGGAGAGCGGCCGAGACCUCUGGGGUAAAGGUGCUGAAGACAGGCUCUGCAUUCUUCACAGUGUGAAAGAGUCCCUGGAAGCCAGACAGGUGGUGUUUACUUUGGCAUAACUCGAGGCCUUGGAGGUUUGCCUGAAGGAAGCAGAAGAAAAGGUUAAAGUCUUAUCCGAACAGCUUGCCACCUCUGAAAGAACAAACUCAAAACUGCUUGAGUAAGUUUCCUGGUUGGAGGGAAAAAUAGAGGCUCUGAAUCACAAGGAAGACAAUGGGGAACUGAGCAAAAAAAUGGUUCUUGCAAAAGCCCAGUUCAUUGAGAAAUUACAAGCCGAAGUGAAAGCUUCCCAGGAGCAACUUGAAGCCCAUAAACUAAAACACAAAAGGAAACUGAAAAGGCUACCAACUGAUUUGGCAACAGCUAAGCAAGAGGCUGCCAUCACGGUCUUGGAACUCAAUGAGAAGAUAAAGGCUCUAUGUGAAGGAAAGCCAGUCCCUAGAGAAGACAGCUUGCUAGAAGAGCCCUAUGGUGGUCUCCCGCAUGUGGAAGGCGGUGACCGAAAAUUGAGCCUGAUUAUGGAGUUGUCCACCCAGGUUUCCCUUCAGGCUGAGAAGAUCACUCUGCUAGAAGAAAUUUUAGAGGAAAGGGAAAGGAAGAUUCAGCAGCUGGAAGCUGAGCAUGACCCCCAUUCUCUCCUGGAGGUCAAAGACUCUCCAGAAUGUUUACAAGAAGCCCCAAUUUUCAUUAAUGAUACUGUCACUCCUGUGGUCUAUGAUAAGGAUAUGUAAAGAUUCCCAGUAAGAAAACAACCAA